AAUAGUCAAUAACGUAGUUUUUACAACAAAUGGAGCAGCCUGUACCUACUAGACACAUUCUCAGUGGAAAUAUGUUGAUAAUUACAACUUUAUUAUUGAUAAGUCUGAUAAAUGAUAACAAACAAUUUUUAUUCAUUUGCAAUCUGAAUCGCACAAACAUAAUUGAGUAUUCAAAGUGAACUAAACGGCUGUUAGUCAUAAUUUUAUCCGCGAUGUGUUUUUAUAAGCCUUAAGUUAAUAAUAGAUUUUUUCUGUGCGUGUGAUUAAAUAUUCAGAACACCAAAAUGACGGACCCAAACUUUGAUAGGAAAGAAAUGUUGGACGAAAUAAUUACGAGAAAGAAAUUAGGUGACAAAAAGUUUCACUCCGAGACUUCGCUGCAACGCUACAACGAAGAUGAGGAUGACGUGUUCCCUAAUAAAGAAAAGGACCCUGGGGUCCUGAACACGUCGGUCAACACGCCUCCCAGUCCCGAUGAGAGUUCGGAGCGGCGCCGCACUAUGUCCCAACCCGGCCCGGUGUCGGGUGGGCUGGUUACCGCCAGUGCUGCGCGAGCGGCGCGGAAGCGACCACCGCGAACGGUUGCUUAUGCUGGCGACAACAGUACGGAGCAGAUACCGAAGGCUUUAAACGGCAGGGGAGACGAGUCGGGCACGAACACACCUAUAGUAUUUUUCGUAGGCGACCGGAGUACAAACAGUCCACUGCCAUACAACGGCACGUUGCGAAAUGGAGACGCUAAGUCGCUUAAUAGUUAUCGUAUAUUCGCGUCAACAAACGACCUGCGUGGCGUGGGUACUCCUCGCAAGCGCUCUGUGGCGACCAUGGACGCGCAGUCGCUGCGCUCGGUAGAGACGCACGCGCCGCCGCCCACCAGCCCCGAAGACAACAAGAAACUUACAAAGAAAUAUUUAACCCUAGUAAUAGGUUGCAUUUACGCAACAAUAUUAGUAACCUGUGGCUUAAUUAUACACAUAGGCAGUCCUAUAGUUGGGCCUUCAAUAUCUGUGAUAUUCUCAUUAGUAUUAUGCAGCACUGGACUACUAUAUCAUGUCUAUUUAUUAUUAGAUAUUAAUCGAUACAAAAAAAUUGCACUCAAAAACCAAAGAAUUAAGUCGCAACAUGAAGAAAAUUUAGCGGAUUACUUCAGGAAACAAGAGGAAUAUGCAAUGAACUCUGCGGGCGACAGGAAUCUCGACAUGCGCCCUCCUGCCAUGCCCCCAGCCGUGUUGGGCCCCCUAAACCACGACUACUGCUUCAGCCAGGGCCGGCAUUCAGGCAGCUUCUACCUCAAACUAGGAGCCGCAGGUUUUGCGCUUGGUCACUUAAUUCACUCUGUACUCCUCCUCGCGGUCCAAAUCGGACAGCUUGUCGACGACGACGUUGACAAUGACGAGUGCGUCAGCAUCCUACAAGUAGCUCUGGACAUAUUGGCACCCUUAUACAGCUUUGUGCAGUUAUACUUCAUCUUCAAAUACUCCAAUGUCAUCAUAUUAAAGGCGCAGAGCCUAGCACACUUAGCCUUAAUGCACAUCAUCGGAAGCAGCCUCUGCUUUUGGGUGUCAGCCAUAGUGCGUGAAAUCGUUCUUGCACUCACGCUCUAUGCCAACACUAAAUAUGGGAACAGCACGACAAAUGGGAACGAUACUAAUUAUGAUGAAGAUUAUGGGGAAGACUCAAGGUUUAUUGACAUCAGUGGACUUUACAACCAACACUGCGACGGCACUACUGCGCUAACCAACAUAAAGAGCAACUUUUCGCCAUACUUGUACCCUUUCAGCGUGGAAUUCAACAUCCUUAUAGUGGCAAUAUACUACAUCAUCUGGAGUAACGUUGGCCAUUGCGAAAAUGAGGAUGCGACUAUCGGCUCAGAAGACUCCAACUCUAUAGACGACACCGGCACUAUAUGCAAGAUUCCUACAGCUCACGAAGAUAACGAUUUUACCAGCAACAUAGUGAUUCACGCGGAUUGCCAUGCCUCCAACCGGGGUCUGUUCCUUGGUCUUAUAUUCAUGGUCGGCGUCGCUGGGAUGCUCAUCAUCGGCUAUAUCUUCAGCAGCUUUUCUGAAGCUGAAGGGGACUACUUGGGGCUUGGGUACAUGCUGAACGACUGCACAACGUUGGCUAUGCACAUCAUUCUACUGUUCGCCGUGGUCAUCGCGUUCAACCAGAUGAGGAAACUGGACAUCAACGAACAUCCCGUCUCACUCCUGGAUGAUGUCUUGCUCUUCAUCUGCCUACCCGCGUUCACCCUGGAAACCGUACUUUCUUUGGUCGCAACAAUCAGUAUUCUAAAUGCAGUCAAAAUUGCAACAUUCAUAGCAAUGGCGAUCCAAGUGCUCAUCCAAACUCCGCUCAUCAUGGAUGGUCUCCGCCGCUGCAGCAACAGCAAGAAGCUUCGCCGUCAGAAGCCUGGCAGGGAAGUUCUCAUGUUCCUCAUCAUCGGCAACGUGGGCAUGUGGCUCUUCUACACAUUCUCCUACAAAUCCCCCGAGAGCCUCGACGAAAGAUACGAAUUCUACGGAAAAGUCGUCUGGUCUAUACUUGGCCACGUCAGUCUACCCCUGAUCAUGUUCUACCGGUUCCAUUCGAGCGUCUGCUUCGCGGAUAUAUGGAACUCGGCCUAUAAACCUGGCUCUGAACAUUAAUUUUACUAUUAAAAAAAACAUUUCUUUUCAUUUCAUUUAGUUGUCAGUUUUAGUACAUAGUAUCAAAACUGUAGUAUUAAAUCACUUUUAUCAAUUAACACCUGCAUAUUAAGCUACCUGUAAAUAAUUAUUGAAGAGAUUAGUCAUUAGUCUUAACGACUUAAGAAUGGAUUACUUAGAAUUAAUAUCGAUAAUCAGUGCUUCCUAUGGAUUAUAUCGAUUAUUGCGAGUAUGCAUUACUUAGGUUAUCUAUUAGUAGGAGGUAAGUAAGAUUAGAAGUUAACGCUAGAUUAAUUUUUAGGUUCAAUGUAUCUUUGAUAGUUUAAAUCUUUUCUAUGUGAGAAAUAAGUAUGUAGGUAGGUAGAUGAAUAUUAGGUAUAGAAUUAUGUACUUAUAGUAUCUUCACAUUGAUA